GCCGCUCGCAGCGCCCAGUGUCCGACCCGCCGCCUCGGGCAGGGGGCCCGCCCCGGCCCGCCGCCCCCCGCCCGGCUCGGGAAGCAGGCAGAGCGGCCCCUGGAGCCCCGCGGGUCCCGGCUGGUGAGGAGCAGCUGUCAUGAUCUCUACGGCACCUCUCUACAGCGGGGUGCACAACUGGACCAGCACAGAGCGGAUUCGCAUGUGUGGCCUCAACGAGGAGAGGAGAGCCCCCCUUUCUGAUGAGGAGUCUAAAACAAGCAGCUCCCAGCACUUGGGGUCUCAAGAGUUUUGCGUCAGCAGCAGCCUUUCCGAGGUGGAGCUCACAGCAGUCAGCGGUGGUGGCAGCAGCGCCCAGGGGCUGGAUGCUGAUGGCAAGGUGGAGGAAAAACUUGGACCCAAACUGGAAGAGCAGCCACCCGAUCCCAACCCUAACCCGGAGUGUUCAGGAAAGACUGUGAAAGAUGAUGGUCUGGGCCCUCUGGCAAGCCAGGGGAAUAGCAGAGGGCAGGAGCCCGCAGCCCCCAGAGCCGCCGAGCAGGACAGCAGUGGCGCUGAUGCUGCCUGGACACCUGCAGAUCCUCCCAGUGACAAGCAGGCUGAUGCUCCUCCAGCCUGUCCCGUGGCUCCAGAGAGCGAGCCUGCUGGGAAGGAGAAACUCACCCCGAGCCCUGGAGCACAAGGGCCAGGCAUGCUGGCAGAAGGCACAUUGUCUGUGGUUGUCUCCAGCUGCAACACCUCUGCCUCCACUCCUGCUACUUUCACUCUGAACAGAGUGUGCUUUCCCACAUCUCAGGCCCCUGCUAUGCAAAAGCUGCCCCUGUCUUUUCAGCCUGGGGCAGUCCUGAGCCCGAGCCAGUCGCUGGUGUACAUCCCACCCCCCAGUUGUGGGCAGCCGCUCAGCGUGGCCACACUUCCAGCUGCCUUGGGGGUCUCCUCCACACUCACCCUCCCCGUCCUGCCUUCCUACCUGCACGAGCGUUGCCUGCCGGGCAUCAUCGCUUCCCCAGAGCUGCGCUCCUACCCCUACACCUUCUCUGUCACCAGACCCUUGGCUUCGGAGGCCAAAGUGGUGUCCGUGGAGGUGAAUCAGCUUAGCUGCCCUUCGUCCUCCGGCGGGAGCGGUGCCCAGGCUGCCGCCGAGGUCGCUGCCCCGUGCACCACCGGCCCUUUGCUCUCUUCCAGCCAGCCCUCGCUGGCAGCGUCCUGCGGGACUGCUGCUCCCUCUUCUGGCACCGGCGCGCAUACCAGAGCCCCGGCAGCUCCCGAGCCGCACGCACCGGGAGCCGCCACUUCGCUCUCCCCUCUGAAGUCGCCGCCGCAGCUGGAGCGUGAGACGGUCUGCUCUCCGGAGUGCAGCGAGAUGCCUCUCGAUCUGUCCUCCAAGUCCAACCGUCAGAAGCUGCCUCCGCCCAGCCAGCGCAAAACCCCUCCCAUGCCCAUCCUGACGCCGGUGCACACCAGCGGCAAAGCGCUCCUCACCACCGUCCUGUCCAAGUCCCAGCGCACAGCCCAGGCCGCGGGCAGCAGCGUCACCUCCUGCCUCGGCACCACCCCUCCCUUAGUCAUCUUCCCCGAGUUCCUGCGCAACGGUGAGCAGGGCUCGUGGGUGAAGAACACCACGCUCAUCAGCACCAUCCCGGGCACCUACGUCGGCGUCGCCAACCCAGUGCCCGCCUCGCUGCUCCUCAGCAAGGACCCGGCCGUGAGCUUCAGCAGGGACCCGCGUCACCUCCCCAAGCAGGAGCCCAUUUCCAUCGUCGACCAGGGAGAGCCUCGUGGCGCCGGGCUCCCGUCCUGCGGGAAGAAAGCCAACCAGGGCAGCGCAGAAGGACAGCAGGAUCCUGCCAGGAGACUCCUGCGUGGCAGAGUUGCUUCAGGAGCUCCUUUGUGUCAGUCCAAGGAGAUCUCCACCUGGAACCCCGGCCAGGGAAGCGUGUACCCGCGAUGCUCUGUGAAUGGAAAACCUUCCAAUCCUCAGCUUCUGCCUCUCGGCUGGUCUCCUUAUCACCAAACCCCUCUGCUUUCAAUCGGCAUCUCCACAGCGGGGCAGCUGCCCCCAAACCAGAACAGCUCCUGCAAGCCAGCUGUCACGGGUGAGCUCCCGACGUUCCCCAGCGUGCCGCCCACAGAGCCUGGUGCAGCUGCCCCGAGCCUGCCUGAGGGGCUGCCCCGGCCCCCCGCCCAGGAACGGGAAGCCACAGCCAAAGCCAAGGGCUGCCGGGCCUUGCCCAAGCUCUGUGAGGAGCCGGACGACCCAGCCCCGCCAGACGCGGGCCCGGCUCUUCAGACCAGCGCUUUGGAUGCGAAAGGGGGGAAGGGGCAGCCGGACAAGGCUCAGCAGAGUCGGGAGCGUGACCAGCCCGAGGCUGACUCCAGCAAGGAGGGCAGCGCGCAGACUGAGGCUCCCCAGGGGAGCUGUGCCCUCAAACAGUUGGAUGCAAAGCCUAAAAGCCAAGUGUUGGCGGCGUACCUGGCGCAUGAGCUGCCUGCGGCGGGGCAGCAGAGCCUGCGGGCCGUGGCCGAGGCGCCCGCCGACAGCCAGCGCAAGGAGCCGGGCCGCGACGCCUCCCCGGAGCCGCCGGCUGCGCAGCCGCUGCCCUGCUCGCGGCAGCCGGAUCUCUGCAGGGUCAAGAAGGAGCGAGUGGAGUGCGACGUGUCCUUCCCUUCGGCGACCUGCCUGCGAGCUGGGGCCGCUCCCCAGGCCUUUGAGGUCAAGCUCAAAGGAGCGGGACAGAUCAAGCAAGAGGGCGGCGUGCGCUGCAAGGCCAAGCGGCAGCACGAUGGGGACAGCGGGCAGCCCCACAAGAGACUCAAGUGCCAGGCCCAGGAGGGCGAGGAGGCCCCGGGCAAAGCGGGGAGCCGGAGCGUGCACGGCCGGAAGUGGCGGAAACACCACGACAAUCCACACGAGCUGGGCAAGAGAGAAGGCAGAGCGGGCCUGGGCUCAGCCAAGGAGCACAACAGCCUCAGGGUGAAGCGGAAGCGCAGGAGGCCGUCCAAGACGGAGUUCUCAUCCCUGGCACGCCGUGGGGACGGCCACGGGGAAGGGUACCUGGAGAAGAAGCCCAAGAACAACUUCCGGGAUUUCAUUCCGGUGGUGCUGAGCAGCCGCACGCGCAGUCAGUCGGGGAGCGUCGCCGGUUCUUCUGCUGGUGUGACAGGAGAGUGCGAUGUGAGUGGUCAGGAGAUUUUGCCGUUGCUGGAGGAAGAUCAGGAAGAAGAGGAAGAGGAGGAAGAGGAGGAAGAGACAUCCUUGAAACGCUGCAAGCUGCGGAAGUCCCACAGGACCUCACGCUACCACAGCCGCAGGGCCAGGGACAGGUCUCUGUCCGAGAGGAGCAGCUGUUACACGAGGAGGACCCGGGAACUGCCCUGGAGAGUGGAAUCACCCAGGCAGCUGUGGGAGCCCACCGAGGAAGAGGAGGAAGACAGCCACGUCAAGAGGAAGAAAAGGAGACGGCAGAAGAGUCGGAAAUACCAGACAGGGGAGUAUUUGACUGAGCGAGAGGAGGAGCAAGUGGGGUACCCCCACAGGAGGAGGAAAUCCAAAGCAGAUUUUAGGUACCGGAAGCAGAAGGAGGCUGCGAAGGGCAAAGGCCCAGAGCUGAGGCUGAGGAGCAGGCUUUCCCCGUCCCCUAGAAAGUCCCAAGGACGUCCUGACUUUAGGAAUGGCUUCUUCCUGGAGCACUCUGACAGCUCUCCUGUCCAAGAAGAGCUGGAGAAACCAUCAGGAAAGCGCAAGUGUAAAACCAAGCACCUGGCAGGGAUCUGUGAGGAGGGGAAGGGGAAAGGCUGCUGGAACCAGCCCACCAUGCGCUCCCUGAAGAAGCCCCAGGACUUGUGGACACUUUGUAAGUCCCGUCGGGUCAGCCCAGGAAGUUCCCCUGAACCACCCACAGCCCAGAACGUUCCCCCUGGAGCUCGAAGGCUGAUUGUGAACAAAAACGCUGGGGAGACCCUUCUGCAGCGGGCAGCUCGCCUGGGCUACAAGGAUGUGGUGCUGUACUGCCUGCAGAAGAAGAGCAGCGACGUUAACCACCGUGACAACGCCGGCUACACGGCUCUACACGAGGCCUGUGCGCGGGGCUGGAUCGACAUCCUGCACAUCCUGCUGCAGCACGGGGCCAACGUCAACUGCAGCGCGCAGGAUGGCACCAGACCUGUCCACGAUGCAGUAGCAAACGACAACCUGGAAACCAUGUGGCUUCUACUCUCCUAUGGUGCUGACCCCACUCUGGCCACAUACUCCGGGCAGACAGCCGUGAAGCUUGCCACCAGCGACGUGAUGAAGCACUUCCUCUGCGAUUACCUUUCGGAUCUGCAGGGGCGCACAGACGGAGACCCACGGACGGCCUGGGACUUCUACAGCAGCUCUGUCCUGGAGGGGAAAGACAGCAUUGGAUGUGAUCUUCUGCUCAACCCCCCAGGAAGUUCAGACCAGGAGGAAGAGGAGCAAGAGGCAGACAACUUCAUGUUUGAGUUCUCAGACAAGCCCCUGCUCCCCAGCUAUAACCUCCAGGUGUCCGUCUCUCGGGGGCCCUGCAACUGGUUCCUGUUCUCGGACGUGCUGAAGCGGCUGAAGCUGUCGUCCCGCAUCUUCCAGGCGCGCUUCCCGCAGCUGGAGGUGGCGGCGCUGCCCGCGGCGGAGUUCCGGCGGCAGCUCGCCCUCAGCCAGGUGCUGGCGCAGGAGGAGCUGCCCGACAGCCCCGAGCACGGCCCCGCACAGACAGUGGAGCUGGUGCACUACGAGCCCGAGCUGCUGCGGCUCCUGGGCUCGGCCGUGGAGUACGAGGCCUGGAGCAGCUGACGGGGGCCAGGUCGCUCCCUGCAUCACGAGGCAAUAAUAAGGACCAACGGGCGGCGGCCCCUCUCGGCGCCGGCAGCAGGGACCCAGCCUUCGGCCGGCCCGGCCCCCUCCCCUCGGGGCCUUCUUCGGCGGGGGAGGGAGGGUCUGUGCCUCUGCGCCCCCCGCGGGGUCCCUGGGCGAGGAGCGGCGGCGGCAGGCGCUGGGGCCCCGAGGUGGGCUUGGGGGCGGCCGGGGCCGUGCGUGCUGCAGCCAGAGCUGCAGGUGUUGCAGCCAGAGCUGCAGCCAGACCCGUGCGUGCUGCAGCCAGAGCUGUGGGUGCAGCCGGGGCCGCGGGUGCUGCAGCCGGGGCUGUGGGUGCAGCUGGGUCGCGGGUGCUGCAGCCCCUGCCCGCCCCCCACACAGCUGCGCCCCCCUCUUUGCCCUCCCCCUCCCAACGUCUUCCAUAGUAUUUAUUUAAUUAGUAUUUAAUUUGUAAUGUUUCCUUUGUUUCUGCCGAGUCUGUAUCACUGUGAGGGUGAGCUCCGGGGACGGGGCCGUCCUCGGGCCGAGCCCCGCGCCGCGGCCGCGGGGGGCGGCAGCCCUG